GUUCUCAGUAUUUCCUUGGCUUUUGUGACUCUUCCAUUUACGAGAAAAUCCAAUCCCCAAUACUCUUUUUAUUUUAUUAAUUUCAUUUUUUUAAACAUAAAUCCAAGCCCCCACCGUCUUCGUUAAAGCGUUAAAAUUUUCGUCUACUGAAACUUCUUUUUUGUUAAAUUUAGUUAAUUUGGUGCUUAAAAAAAAAAACAAAAAAAGAAAAAGAAAAAAGAACAAAUUUUUAUUGGGAAAAUGGAAAGAAAAAUUUUUAUUGAUCACAUUUAUGGCGUUUCCAUAGUUCCCAAACAGUUCAAUCACUCUUCUUCUCUCUCAGCAUCUUUUUUCACUCUUCUCUCUUCUAGGGUUUUUGUCUGCAGCCCUUGUUUCUUCCUCUUCUUCUUCCUCUUCUUCUUUCUUUUGAAGUUUGAGAUUUAUGGGUUUGUGGGGUUUCAUAUUCUUGGUGUUUUUCUUGGAAAACUACUGUCUUUCCGUGAUUUAAGUUUUUGGGUGAUUUAAGUUUUUGGGUCUUGGGGUUUCACAUUCCGGGAUUUUGGGUCUUGAGGAGUGGUAAAAAAUUUGUGAUUUUUGGUCUUUCUAAGAUUUGUGCUGUCCAUUUGAUGUUUUCAAGCUUUACCGUAAUGCAGCUUGAAGAUAUGUUUUUUUGAAGUGAAAUAGUAUAUAAGUAAUCAGUAGAUUUUAUUAACUUAUUUAAGGUUCUCUGAUCACUGAAAGUGGUAGGUUCUAGUGAUCUAUUGGAUUUUUGGUGGCUUGCGGUGUAAUGUUCGUCGGAAAUGCGACAUUCAAGCAAAGAUUUAAGUAAACGAAUAUGAAAUCUUUGAAAGAUCUUGGCUUUCUGAUAUCUUGGUAAGCUUCUGAGGGUAUCCAUCAAUGGUGAUCUAUUUGUUCUGAAAGAAAUGUACUUUUGUCAAGUUUCUAGAAGAGAAAAUAGUUUGCUGGCUUAAAGCCCUUUGAGUUCUGGGUUUUAUGUUGCUUACUAAAAUGGCUGCUUCUUCUUCUUUCAGACGAUGUGAACCUGGAGGCAAUUUUGGGCUUCAUAGUCUUCACUUCUCUAAUUUUCUUGAGGGAUUUUGAAGUGUUGGAUAUUUUGCUUAUAUCUAACUCUGGCGCAGGAAGCUUUUCUUGGUAUUUUUGGUAGAGUUUCUUCAGGGUAUUAUUGCUGGUAUUUUUGGUAUUUUCUUGGAAUAACAUUACUGUUAACUUUCUGAAAAGUUAACUUUCUGCUCUGAUGUGAUUCUGAGGUUAGAAUUGCGGCUUAGAAGAAAGAAUCUGAUUUUAAGCUUAUUUUUUUUGGAAAGUAGUUGAAUAUGGAUUUCUUCAAAGUUAAGAAGUUUAGAAAAGCCCACAAACCCAAUCCAGAAAAUGAUUUCGAAGACAAGCCCGUCCCACAGCCAGAGGAGCCAAAGAAGGAGAAUGGUGGCGGAGAUAGUUUGAGCAAGACAAAUAAUAAUAAUGCAGAACCUACAGCGGAGGUUGAGGAUGAUGAUGAUGAUUUCAUCACAAAUGAGGUUAAGAGGAGGUUAAAAGAACUGAGAAGGAAUAGUUUUAUGGUGUUGAUUCCUGAAGAAGAGGAGGAAGAAGAGGAAGAGGAGGAAGGUGAGACAAGCUCUGGCGAGUGGAGGGAUGUGGAAGAAGAAGCUCGGCAAUGGUGGGGUGGCUUUGAUGCUGUGUAUGACAAGUAUUGUGAGAGGAUGCUCUUCUUUGAUAAGAUGAGCACACAGCAGCUUAAUGAAUCUGGUUUCCAAACCCCCACCACUCCAUCACCGAGAUCUGCAUCUAAGAAGCUAGCGUCUCCUCUAAGCUGCCUUUCCUUGAAGAAGAUCGAAGAACCUGAGCAGCUUCAGCAACCACAAAAUGACCCUUACCAAGAUAUUGAGACGGCAUAUGUCGCUCAGAUAUGCUUGACUUGGGAAGCACUCCAUUGUCAAUACACACAACUGAGCCAGAAAAUCUCAUGCCAACCUGAAAAUCCCACUUGCUACAAUCACAGUGCCGAACAAUUUCAACAAUUUCAGGUUUUAUUACAAAGAUAUAUCGAGAAUGAACCUUUCGAGGAGGGUCAGAGAGCAGAAAUUUAUGCUCGCGCGAGGAAACUUUUGCCUAGAUUGCUUCAGGUCCCUAAUGCAAAAGCUUCGGAUCAAAAAGAGACAGAGGGAGAAGAAUCCUGUGUUAUGGUUCUUGCACCUGAUCUCAUCAAGAUUAUCGAGACCUCAAUUCUUAUUUUCCACCUUUUCCUGAAGAUGGAUAAGAAAAAAUCAAUAGGUGCUCUUAACCUCUUUGGAAACCAUAACCAAACAGCAACCCCACUUCACCAGAUUCAGUCUCUUCUUGAGAAGAAGGGGAUGAAACUGAAAGAAUUGCGCAAAAGGAGGAAAGGUUGGAAAAAGAGAUCAUGGCCCUUGUCACAAGAAGAUAUCCAGCUUCUCUUCAGCCUCAUCGACGUAAAAGUUUUGUCAAGGGUUCUCAGAAUGGUGAGGAUUAGUAAAGAGCAGUUAUUUUGGUGUGAAGAAAAGAUGAAAAAACUAAAUCUCUCAGAUGGUAAGUUGCAUAGAGACCCUUCUCCCAUCCUUUUCCCUUGUUAAAUUAGCAGCUGAUUUAUAUAAAAAAAAAAAAAAAAAAAAUCAAUGACCAAAACAAGAAAAAACCAUGGAUUGUUUAGCUUCAAACUUGGACCUAUCUCCGGUCAUUUUUCCCCUCCUAUGCUCCAAGGACUUCUUCUAUUCAGUAUUAUGUAUUUAUGACACAACUGGGGACAUCAUACUUUGUUGGAGAAUACCAAUUGCCCACCCAUGUUAAAGAGGAAAAUUCCUUGUGGCAUUAUCUCAGACUGGAGAAGCAGACCUGCUGCUGUUUAUUUAAAGAAACUGUACUUUGUAGUAUGUUUUGUACAAGUACAUUGCCUUUGUGGAUAUUUAUGUGUUCUUAUGUGUAAUUCCAUGUUCAUGUUUUAUCCCA